GGGGGAAAAUGGCGGCGGGCGGCGGCGCCGGGCGGUGGCUGUGCGUGGUGGCAGCCCUGCUGCAGGCGGCAGCGCUCGGCCCUGCCGCCGCCCUCUCCUCCUCGUCCUCUUUCUCCUCGUCCUCGGCGGGCAGCCCCGGCGAGCCGCGGAGCCGCGUGCAGGCGCUGGGCGGCUCCAACUGGAGCCUGGUGUUGCAGGGCCAAUGGAUGGUGGAGUUCUAUGCUCCUUGGUGUCCAGCUUGUCAACAGAUUGAAUUGAUAUGGGAGAGUUUUGCAAAAGAAAGUGAGCAUCUAGAUAUCACUGUGGGAAAGGUGGAUGUCACUCAAGAACCAGGCUUGAGUGGUCGAUUCUUUGUAACAACACUUCCUACAAUUUACCAUGCAAACAACGGAGUAUUUCGCAGAUACAGAGGCUCACGCACGUUGGAAGAUCUUCAGGGUUAUGUUUUAGAGAAAAAAUGGGAAGCUGUGGAGCCAGUAGCAGGAUGGAAGUCUCCGUCUUCUAUAAUGAUGCAUGGUAUGGCAGGGCUAUUUCACCUAUCUGGGUGGAUCAGGCAAAUUCAUAGCUACCUCACUGGCACUCUUGGAAUUCACGUUUGGAUGUCUUACGCUAUCUUCAUCUUGGCUACCUUGUUGAUUGGCCUGUUCCUGGGUUUGAUACUGGUCUUGAUUUCAGACUGCCUUUGUCCAUCAAAGUCAAAAUACAGAACUGAAACAUCUGAAGAAGCAACCACAAAGGAGAAUGUGGAGAAUGCAGCAUUAGAAGAACCAGAGGAGGCUGCUGAGCUUUCUGCAGAUGAUGCAGAAGAGACUGCAGAGGCGAAAGACCUCUCAGAUGAAGAUGAUGCAGCAAAUUCUGGUGACUCAGAAGAGGAUUUGGAGCUUGGAAAAGAAUCUGGUGAAGAAGAAAUGGAAGAUUUGAGUGAACAACCUUUAGCUGAUUCAGAGACUGAAAGCUCAGUAAGACAGCGUAAAAGUCAGGCGGUUGACAAUAGACUAUAGUUGUUCAGUGGUGUAUUUUGUACACUUGGACCAAAGAAGUAUCAGACCCUGGGUCUGAAGCCGAGGCUUACACUUGAUUUGUCACUUGUGUUUACGCAAAAUCUCUGCUCUUUGAGCAGGCUUUUCUUUUUUAAGCUAGUAACUACUCAAUGAGUUCGAUUUAUAAGUAUAUAUACUGUUUAUUGUAUGACUUUAGCCAUGACAAUCAAAUGAAGUUUAUUGUGUGUGUAUUAUGUGUUCGAAGACUUUUAAGGGAAAAGGGAGGUGGAAGCAAGUCUCAAUGCACCGGCUAUAAAGCGGUCAUCUGUGCUCGUGCUCUUUUGUAAGUACUGACCAAGACAAGGACUUUUAACACUCAAGAACCUUGGCAGGGCUGUGACUCUUCUGAAUGUUUGUUUAUUCCAAAUGCCACAGAAGCACCAGAUAAGUGAUACGGCAGUGAAAGAAGUUACCUUAUGAGUCUUCUGUUGAAAAAUGUGGUGUAGGAUGGGUUUAUUUCUAUCACUUUUAACUGAAGCACCUUUAUAUAUUUCUAAAUGUUUGUUUUGAAAGUAUAUCAUGCAGUGAGCCUUGUGCUCUGAUUAGCAUGGCCCCAAAUUUUUCAGGCUUCAGUAGAUCAGAGGCAUGCUGCGUAGCUCAAGCUUGUCGGCUGAGAUUAUUUUUUCUUUCUUUUUGACCCAAGGAGUUUUGAGUAAUCAAAAGCUUCAAGCCCAGAAAGAGUGGCAGCUAGAUGCUUAAAAUGUGUAGUACUUAAAAAGGUUUAAAGGCAAUUACUUCUGUCAGGGAAAACUGCCAAAGCAUGACUCUUUUCUUUAAGAGAUUGUAGCAAGAAAUACUCAUUCUGCAGCCAGUAAGUUGCAUAUUUCUUGCCAAUACAAGCUUAUGAUGUGCAGUGCAGUUCUGCUGUUUCCAACCCAGAAUAGUUUUGGCAGAACUUAAGCUGCUUUAGUAACAUUAAUUGAGGAGGCAUUUAAGGCUUCACCUUUGUCACUUUUCUACUUUGUCACUAGAAUCAGCACACUGGGGAAAGGGAGGAGCAGGAGCAAGCAGCAAGGAGAAGCUUUUGGUUUUUGCUAAUUAUAUCAAGAUAAAUAUUUAUCUAUGGAUCUAUAUAAAGUGAAAAUGGCUUGGCAGGUAGACAGCCUUAGGUGUGAUUAGAGGACUUAAGUCAUUAAAGAUACUGGUGUUUCCCUCCUUUGGUUGGCUUGUUUAAUGCUAGUUUUUUUUAGGUAAGGAAUACCUACAGUAAGACCUUGUAUGUUUAUGUUUCUGAUUGGAUGUGUGAUCACGUGCGUAAGAUGUUUUUAUCUUUUUUUGUAUUGCAUAAACCUUGCUAAUGUGCAUGAAUUCAUCUUGUUCUUCUAAAAAAAGUCAGAUGAAAUAAUUUCUCUUACUAGAAGAGAAGUUGCAAGUGAAAAAUGCUAGUUUCCUUUGAGACUGAGAUUAAUAGGGCUAAUUUGUCUUGACUUUUUUUUAAUGCUCAUAAAGAGCUUAUUUACUAAGAAAGCUGAACUUUUUGCUCUCUGCGUCCUGUUACAUAUUGUGUCUUGGAACGCUAUAGCAGAAUUUUGAUUUUUUUUCUUUACACAAAAUUACGCUGCAUGUAUUGAAUAUGAAUUUUCUUACUGAGUGCUCUCAGUGCUGAGGUUGUAUCUCAUUCUACUGUAGUGGAAAUGUAUAAAUAUGCUUUCACAUAUGUGGAGACGUACAGAUGUUAAUAUGUACAUUGCACUAUGAGAACAGUUGGUUUGUCUUGUGUAAUCUGUGCAUUCUUCAACGUAACUAAGAAACUGUAGAAGCUUACAGACAGCAGCACUCGGUAUCAGUUGAGGUACAUGCCUUUUUUUUUUCCUCCUAAACUAAGUAUGUAUUUGCAAAAAUCAUGAAAACUUCUGUGGCUACCUUAGAGUGGAAGGAAGAACUAUGCACGUAAAAGUUCAGAGUACGGUUUUGUUGUUUCCAGGACACGUGCUUUUAUAUUAAUUUGUGCAUCAGGAGCUCAUAAAAUUCUAAAAGGAAAACAAGACUUAGGUAUAUUUCAGGAGACAAGUAGGAACCAAUGUUAUGUGAAUUUGUCAGAUGAGAAUUGAUAUAUCCCUUCAGUCAUGGAUCCAAAGCUACCAGACUCUGAAAAAUGAGGGACUGUAUCCGGUAUAGAUUGAGGGUGGUGAUGACUUUGCUUGGGUACCAAAGAGGAUGUUUUAAACUGCACAGGGCCUUGUGAUACUCACAGUGUGUAGGAGGGAACAUGUCGAUAUUAAAUUUUGAUUUGAUUUCAUUUUCAUAAUAGCAUGGAGCCAGUCAUCUGAAUUCUUCUCUAGCUGUUUAAAGGGACUCGACUUUAAAAGAUACACAUCAUCCAUAUACCUCACAGUUUGUCUUACACUGCUGGGAAUAUGAAGUAUUAAAAGUAUUAAAAAGUCAAGUUACGUGUUGUCAGUGCUCAAGAUGAGGUAUUAAGGCUUCUUAAAUGUUUAGACAAAGAACGUGUUCUCCCAGGAGUUGUAUUUUGUUAAGGUGUCUUUGAAUUUAAAAACACAAAACACAAAUGAGACUGACCUUGCAGAUACAGGGUUUCUGAGAUGCUGUGAGAGAAAGAUCUGAAGUUGCUGCUGUGCGUUGAUUCUCUGGAGUCUCUGCUUACAGAUCUUCUGUUCUUGUGUGUCACUGUUAAGUUUGGAUUACUUAACGUGAAGUUGGUAUUUUCCAUCGUCACGGUCCUAACAAGAUCACUCUGUGCAGGGAUUAAGUUGGCAGGCAGCAAGUGAUGGUGGUGCAUCUCUUCAUAGAUCUCUUGUGAAUCUGGAAAUGAGCAAUAGUGGGCUUCUAAGGCUUCUCAAACAACAUAACAUGUAUGUUAUUGCUCCUGUGUUUUUAUGAAUAAAAUAGGAAAUGUUAAUGCUAA